AGCUGUCCCUCCCUCACCUCCCUCAAUCUGUUUUGCCUCACACGACACUCCUCUCAUCUUUUAGCCCCUGUGCUCUCUGUUAUGGCUUUCCCACAGUAGGAGAGAGAGAGAGGGAGAGAGAAACAGUCAGCUACUCAGACCAGGAGUGAGUGAAGGAUAUAAAUCAGGUAAAGGCCUGACAGGCAGUGAGUUAGGAAGCUGCUGGGGGUUUCCACGUUUAGACCCUGCUGACUACUGCUGCUGCCGUUCCCAGUCUUCUGAGAUAUCGACCAGACCCCUCCCUCCUACCUCUCAGCUGCUCAACUGUUUUCUAGUGGUUCAACAUUAAAGGUGCUGGAGCUUCAUUUACUAUUGCUACUGUAUCUGUGUCUCUCCUUACUUUAUGAUGAAUAUUUGACCUCUGCAGACAGCAGACAUCCACCACAUUUUAAUUCAAGAUACCAGCUGUUUGAUUGCUGUCUCUGCAGGCUGCAUCUGCUGAACCACACAAUGCAGAGGAGUCCCCGCUCAGCUUAUAAAGCUCAGCAGCACACGAGUGAAGCUGGGUCGUCUAAUAGUUUUGAAGCCCUUGGAUGCCACGAGCAGCUGGAUCCCAAGGACAGCCAGGACUCUGAGGACCCCAGAGAAUACUGUUAUGGUGGGUACCACCCUGUCCAGAUCGGAGACACCUUCAACAGAAGAUACCAGGUGGUGUCUAAGCUCGGCUGGGGCUAUUUCUCCACUGUCUGGCUGUGUCUGGACCUCAGCAGGCUAGGUCAGCACGUUGCUGUGAAAGUGCUGAAGAGUGGAGCUGGCUUCACCCAGGCAGGACAGGAUGAACUGUCUCUCCUACGAUGUGCCAGUGGUCCUACAAGCCGUCAUCCUUCCAGCCAAAGGAUUGUUCAGCUGUUAGAUGAGUUCAAACUGGCCGGGGUCAACGGGGUCCACAUGUGCCUGGUGCUGGAGCUGCUGGGGCCUGACCUGAGAAGCUGGCAGCUAUGUUUUGGGAAACCAGGACUACCACGGCUGUGGGUCAAACAAAUUCUUACUCAGGUCCUGCAAGGCCUGGACUACCUUCACACUCAGUGUAAAAUCAUCCACACAGACAUCAAACCAGAGAAUGUCCUUCUCUGCUUGGAGGAGCAGUCCCACAGAGUACCAGCAGGGGGCAGCGGCUCCUCCUCUGUGCUGACUGGGAAGGAGGCCAAGUCCACAGAGAAGGAGCAGGUGAACCCGUACAGUUUAAAGGAAAUUACAGUGAAGAUUGCUGAUCUGGGCAGCUCCUGUUGGGUGUACAAACAUUUCUGUGAGGAGAUCCAGACCCGACAGUAUCGCUCACUAGAGGUUUUACUGGGAUCUGAGUACGGCCCACCUGCUGACAUUUGGAGUGUCGCCUGCAUGGCCUUUGAAUUGGUCACUGGAGACUCCCUGUUUGAACCCAAAGCCCGCGAAUUCAUUUCCCUGGAGGAAGACCACAUAGCCCAGAUCAUGGAACUGCUUGGUAAAAUCCCACCAGCUGUUGCCUUGUCGGGUAAAUACUCUGCAGAGUACUUUAGCCGCAGAGGUGACCUGCGUCGUGUUGGUCCGGUCAGGCUCUGGAACCUUUAUGAUGUUCUGGUGGAGAAAUAUCAUUUCCUUUUAGAGGAGGCCUCUGGAUUUUCAGACUUCCUUCUUCGCAUGUUGGAUUAUCAUCCGGAGAGGAGGGCCACUGCUGCAAAGUGCCUCUGCCACCCCUGGCUGACGUCAUGAUAAGGCCCUCUAAAGGCCCUGUAGGCUUCAUCCCCAUCUGUAGUCCUCACAUCCAGAUGCUUUAAGCAGCUAGAGCUUAAUCAUUUCAGGGCAUCUUUGAAUUUUUAUACAAAGGGAAUCCAAAGAGUAUGAAUUCUGUGAAAUGUGGUGUUGUCUUUAUUCAGCAUCAGACAGAGAAUAAGCUGCUCUUCUCCAGUGAAGCCCCAUUGUGCACUUUAUGCUCCUAAGGUGUUUUUUAUUCUAUUUACACAGAUGUUUUUUUUAGUAUAGCUAAGUGUGAUUUUCAGACCAUUGAGUCCUCUAAGUAGCAGCUAUUAUGACAAUUACACUGCUAGCCAGUGUGAACUUAUCAAUUUGAAGCAAAACUUGAGCGCAGCUACUAUAUCAUUCAGUCGAACUGAAUAUCACCAAUAUCACAAAUGUAACAUCUGAUAUCUUUCACAGUGAAUGUACUUUUAAAAUGCUCUCCUUUUAGUUUAUGUUUUAUACAGGGCAAUGAACAGUAAUAAAGCAAAAUUAAUAUCA